UUCAAGUUUCUGCGCCAAGAUGCAUCGGGUACCAACAAAAUCACAGCAUUGGAACCAAUAUCAAAGUACAUUUAUAUCACCAAAUUAAUUUGUCUGCUCCUUUGUCAGUUCCAUGAAGUUGCCCCUUUCUAUUCGUCUCGCAGAAAAAGAAUCAGUAACGAUUAGGAAGGAGAAGAGGAAGGGCUGUGUUCGAUUUAUCGCCUGACCACAUUUGCUGUAUAUCCAUACAAGAACCGCCGUCUCCAACGGCCAUACUACCUUCGUUCAUCUCCCCCCACGACGGUUAAACCCCUCCAAAUUACCCACAAAUUUACCCGGUUGAUCUCGCAUCCAAUUCCUACCCAACCCACCAUCCCCACCAUGGGGUCUCUGGGCGGCGGCGCGUCCACCCCGUCGCCGGAGCCGGCGCCGCGCGACCUGGUGACGACGCAGGUGAGCCUCGGCGGGUUCGAGGCCAGCGUCUCAGCGAGCGAACUCGCCGACUUCCUGGAGUACGAGGCAGGCCUGGUCUGGCGAUGCCGCGUCAAGACCUCCUGGACACCGCCAGACUCCUUCCCCGACUUCCUCCGUCCCACCGCGUCUGCUUCCGGGGCCCCGCCGCCGCCCUACGACCGCGUGCCCCCGCACGCCUUCGUCCACUUCGCGCGCCCGGAGGCCGCACGCCGCGCCACCGAUGCAGCGGGGAAAUCCGAGCUCCUCUUCGGCGGGAAGCCCCUCCGCAUCGCCUCCGCCUUGGACAGCUCCCUCCGCGCGUCCCGCCGCCACAGCAUCAAGCCUUUCCGGUUCGCCGACGCGGUCCUGGAGGUUGGCGCCUUACUCUCACCAGGGGACGAGGCGCCCGAAGCCUUUCUCACCGCCUGGCGCGGACCGGCUGCAGGGCUCGAGUUUUUGGUCGAUCCCUUCGACGCUUGCUGCCGGCUGGUCUUCACCCGCGACACCGCCUUCGCUUUUACCGGAUACCGUGAGGUCGCUGUCAUUCGCUGCGACGUUAAGCUCGAGUUCUCGGUGGGCGACAUUGCUGAGGUUCGGGUGUACCGGAACGACUGUUCCCUGCUUCUCCGGCUCACAGCCGCACCCCUGGUGUACUACCGCACAGCUGAUGAUGACAUCCAUGAGUCUGUGCCGUUCGACUUGCUCGAUGAUGAUGACCCAUGGAUACGGACUAGCGACAUCACUAUGAGCGGUGCCAUUGGCCGUUGUGGGAUGUAUAGAAUCAAAGUCGCGCCACGGAAAUGGACAAUGAUGGAGCGCGCACUGGCGUACAUGAAGGGACGGAGGGUGGUGAUUGUGGAGAGCAGUGUGUGGUCGGGGCCGAGGCGGGGUCUCAAGGUACGUGAUGAGCCAGAGUUCGACGAGCCAAUGCAGGACCUGUUCUUCUGUGUACAGCACGCCGAGGGCCUGACGUUCCCAGUGUUGUUCCUCGUGAAUGCUUUGGUGCACAAGGGUAUCAUCAAUCAGCACCAGCUCACGCCUGAGUUUCUCAGCUUGCUGAGGGGAAGAGAUGAUGAUGUGAAUGUGGCUGCCUUAAAGGAAUUUUGGGGGGACAAGUUUCCAGUGUUUAAUGCAUGCAAGAGGCUAGAGCAAGCGCAUCGUAGGGUUGCCAGCAACCCCAAACUUCUCCGCAGUGGCAAGGUUGGGGAUGACAAUGUGGAGGUUCGGCGGCUGGUGAUCACACCCACCAGAGCUUCUUGUUUGCCUCCAGAAGUAGAGAUAUCAAACCGUGUCUUACGGCAUUAUCACGAGGUGGCAGAUAGAUUUUUGAGGGUGACCUUUAUGGAUGAGGGGAUGCAGUCGCUCAACAACAAUGUGCUGAACUUUUAUACGGCGCCAAUCGUCAAGGAGUUGAUGUCAAACUCACUGCAGCAGAAGACAACAGUGUACAAGCGUGUCAAGACAUUUCUGACAGACGGUUUUUACAUGUGUGGCAGGAAGUACUCAUUCCUUGCAUUCUCAUCGAACCAGCUUAGGGAUAGGUCAGCUUGGUUCUUCGCAGAGGAUAGUAAGAGUAAGACUACGGUGGAAAGCAUUAGGAAGUGGAUGGGACGGUUUACAAGCAAGAACGUAGCAAAGCAUGCGGCUCGAAUGGGGCAGUGCUUCUCAUCUACAUAUGCGACAGUUAUGGUGAAACCAGAUGAGGUCAAUGAGAAUCUUGAGGACGUUGAGCGUAAUACCUACACUUUCUCUGAUGGAAUCGGCAAGAUUACACCUGAUCUUGCAAUGGAAGUCGCUGAGAGACUGCAGCUUACGGAUAGUCCCCCAUCUGCUUAUCAGAUCAGGUAUGCAGGCUUCAAAGGUGUUAUAGCAGUCUGGCAAGGAAACAAGAAUGGGAUAAGACUAUCCCUGAGGCCAAGUAUGAAGAAGUUUGAAUCUAAGCAUUCUGUUUUAGAGGUGGUCUCCUGGACAAGGUUCCAGCCAGGAUUCUUGAACCGCCAAAUUAUACUAUUGCUCUCAUCCUUGAAUGUCUCGGAUGAUAUCUUUUCACAAAUGCAGGAGUCCAUGCUUUGUAAUCUCAACAAGAUUUUGUUGGAUAGUGAUGUUGCCUUUGAGGUUGUAACAACAUCUUGUGCUGAGCAAGGAAACACUGCAGCACUGAUGCUGAGUGCUGGCUUUGGUCCUGGAACUGAGCCACACUUGAGAAGAAUGCUCUUGGCUAUAAGAUCUGCACAGUUGCAGGAUCUUUUGGAAAAAACAAGGAUAUUUGUGCCGAAAGGUAGGUGGUUGAUGGGCUGCCUUGAUGAGCUUGGGGUCCUUGAACAAGGGCAGUGUUUUAUUCGAGCCUCAGCUCCAUCGCUUCAUCGAUGUUUUCUGAAACAUGGCUCAAGGUUCUCAUCAGCCGAACAAAACACAGACAUCAUUGUAGGUACAGUGGUGAUAGCAAAGAACCCGUGCCUUCAUCCAGGGGAUGUCCGGAUCCUUGAAGCAGUUGAUGUGCCGGAACUGCAUCAUCUGGUUGAUUGCUUGGUUUUCCCGCAGAAUGGUGAGAGGCCACAUCCCAAUGAAGCAUCAGGGAGUGACCUUGAUGGGGAUCUCUACUUCGUGACAUGGGAUGAGAAACUCAUUCCUCCCGGCAAGAAGAGCUGGAACCCUAUGGACUACUCCCCAGCUGAAGCAAAACAAUUACCACGCCAAGUAUCUCAACAUGAUAUUGUUGAUUUUUUCUUGAAGAACAUGGUAAAUGAAAAUCUUGGUGUGAUCUGCAAUGCUCAUGUUGUUCAUGCUGACCUUAGCGAGUAUGGGGCAAUGGAUGAGAAGUGUAUUCGCUUAGCUGAAUUAGCAGCAACUGCUGUGGAUUUCCCUAAGACAGGCAAACUUGUGACAAUGCCACCGGAACUUCGACCAAAAAUCUACCCCGACUUCAUGUUAAAAGAAGAAUCAAGAUCAUAUAACUCAGAGAAGAUUCUUGGAAGACUCUAUCGGUCAAUCCAAGAAGCCUCUGGUGGUGAUUUGGUGUCAGAAGAAGCUUGCACCUUAAAUGAUCUGCCUUAUGACACUGAUCUGGAAGUUCCUGGCGCAUCACUUUUCCUGGCAAGUGCAUGGGAAUGCAAGUGCUCUUAUGAAGGACAGCUCAAUGCUUUGCUUAAUCAAUCCAGGGUGCGCACCGAAGCAGAGCUUGUGACAGGGCACAUGUGGUCCCUUCCCAAGUACAACAGCAGGAAACAAGGGGAGAUGAGAGAGAGGAUCAAGAAUGCCUAUGCAGCGUUCCAGAAGGAAUACCGGUCUGUUUUUGAAAGCCUUACAGAUCAAUGUCAGAUCACCGAUGACGAGAAGAAUCUGUUGUACGAGAGGAAGGCGUCCGCAUGGUACCAGGUAACCUAUCACCCCAAAUGGGUCGAGAAGUUGAGGGCCAUGCUGGAUGAAGAUGGUGAAGAAAGACCAGUGAGGUUUAGCUUUGCGUGGAUCGCGGUGGAUUACUUGGUGCGGAUAAAGCUGAGGUCCCACGGAGGAGUGAAAGCUGAAGGCUGAAAGCCUGUUGAAAGGCUGGCGGCCUUCAUAUCUGAGAGGAUAUGAGGUCCCCCCCAAGAUUGCUGCAAGACCACUCUGCCAUUUCGGUUUUACAAUGCCAUAGCUUAUCAGUUUGUUAACUUUCCGUGUCACUUUAGUUUUGUGCUGAACUUGGUAACUCAUUUGUACGUACUUUCUUCCUGGUCUAUAUGCUUGCUUUGUGAUGGUUAGCUGUUCUUUUGUGGAACCAAUGCUCUUUGUAAGAAAGGUGUUCCGUGUAUUUGAACCACGUCCACAUACUGGACAGUGGACAUGCCUGUCACCAAUGAUUUGAAAGGAUCUGGCCUCA